AGAAUCCAGCGCCACAACAAAUUAGAAUUCUGAACGCAUUCGGUUGUAUUUAGAUACAUUCACUAUAUUAUUACCAGAGACAGUCUUUCACGGGGAACAUUCGCUAAAGGUGUUCUGUGAGAAAUAAAUAUAUCAACAUGUCCGGCACAACGUCACUUGUUGCCUUGGGGAGUCUGUGGAUAGGCACGCUCAUGUUCCUGGUAGUCCUCAACGAGAUAUCCAAGCAGAUGAACUUAGAACCCAUCGAUGUGAUUCUCGAGCGCACGGGAGAGUCCACGCUGGAACACAUUGCCAAAUAUACAGAAGAAUCGAGGCAGAUGUACCUAUACCACUUAACUAUAGACAGUCUAUUCCCACCCUUGUACGGCUACACUAUCUACUCGUCCAUCUACUAUCUCAAAGGUCAUGUACCCACCUUCGUCACACGGUGUGUGGCAUUGGGGUGUCUGGCUGACAUAGUUGAGAACUGUUCUCUUCUAUAUCUUAUCAGUCUAUUCCCUGAGAGCGACAAUGUGGCCGCUGAGAUCUCCAUCCCCGCAACUCGGGUCAAGUUUGGGGCGUUGGCUAUAGGUCUGGGUGCUGUUUACUGGUACACAGGCGUGCUGAUCUAUCAGAUCAUUUUUGACCGAGAGUCCAUGAUUCCACAACCAGCCUCCUCGCAAGCUGGUGCAGAGAAAAAGGACGAGUAGAUAUGGGCAUACUACAGUACUACGAAUACAGGGCGUGUGUAGGAACCUAUCGAUUGAUAUAUCUUGUACCAAUGGAGAUGGACUGGCGUACUGUCGGUGUGUGUGAGAGGGUAAGCUUGAGCUCGUGAAGGGUGGCGAACACGAUUAUAACGAUAAAAAGCAUCGGAGUGAUAUAUGAUGGCAAGUAUUGACAGAAGCGUUGCAAAACUUGCAAUUCAAGAGAGACUCCGAUGCAGUGGCUGCUUGAGAAGCGCUGAUAAACAUACUUAAAAUACUACUGCUUCGGGAGUUUGAGACUCUUCUACAAAUGAGAUGAGUGAAUAAACGAAGCAUAAAGAUUCCUGAAA